GCAGCUGAAAUUGUAGAAAGUAAAGCUCAGUCACCAGUAUUGAUUUACUGAACAUAUGACCCUUUCUUUUCCUUCAGUCUUUUUAUAUAUUCCGAACUGUGCUCCGAUGAUGUGAAAUUUUUUUGCACAUUUAGGUAAGCGAAUAAGAUUAUUCGACAUGGUUUUGAAUGAAGUGGAUUUGAACGCGAGUAAAAUUUACAGUCUAUCGUGGUCAGAAUUCAGUACCUCUUUAAGCGUUGCUGCACAAAAUUUACGGCACAAGGAAGAUUUCGUAGAUGUAACAGUUAGUGCUGGAGGGAAACAUUUUCCCGCGCAUAAAUUAAUCUUGAGCGCAGCUAGUCCUCUGUUAACGGAUUUGUUAAAGAAUACAACUUGCCAACAUCCUAUCUUAAUGUUAGCCGGAAUUUCAGCAUUUGAUUUAGAAACCAUUUUAAAUUUUGUUUAUCACGGAGAAAUCAACAUAGUUGCUGAAAAACUGCCAUCUUUAUUACAAGCCGCUCAAUUUUUAGAUAUCCGCGCAUUAUCACCAGCAGCUUUGGUGUUGAAUUCGUUACCUUCUUCGUUAUCUUCCCAUACAACCACUGUGGAGAAAGUAAAACCAAGCGAUCAUAACAAUGUUGUAUCGCAUCAAAGUGAAAAUGAUGAUGGCAGAGACGACGAAACCAAAAUUGUAGCACAAAAAAGAAAGCGACAUAAAAAAUUUAAUUCUUGCUUAGAACCUGAGGAGAAAAGUACUGCUCAUUCAAACGCGACAAAUGCUCCUAAACUAUUCAAAACAUCGUCAGAAAACACAAACAUUUCUCCAUUGGAACAAAAUGUUGCCCUACAACAUAAGUCCAAUGAAUCGUACUCUCAAGUUGAAGGGUUUCCUGUUCCGGAUGAGAAAAAAAUAGUUUCGGAUUUGCCAGUAAUUUGUAAGCUAUGCGGUGUCACUAUUCGUCAAUCACGUAAUUUACGUAGGCACAUGGAUCAGAUGCAUUCGAAAAUUAAAAUGCGUAAAACCGAAGAUCCAAAAGAUGAUACAAUUACGAGCAAAACUACAGACAAAGAUACCACCACUACGAGUGAUACAACAUCGCCACUACUCGAUUUUUCGGAUGAAAGUUUUAACCAAUUCACUGAUGAAAUUUUCAAUUACUCGACAAUGUCCGAUAAUAGUACGACCUCAUUUUCAAAUUCAUCAUCCACUUCUUCGGUCGCUUCAGUAGGGAGUUGCCUCACGGAAGAUGUAACACGAACUGUUUCUUCUACUCCGUCUACGCAAUCAACCUUAUUAUACACUCUUACCAGCGGAUCAGUAGUACAAUCUCUGAAUACAUUACUGGGAGACUUGUGUUAUAAUUUGGCAACAACUACCCCGACAACCAUAAUGGCAGACGAUUCUACUAUUUUAGUAGAGGAUAAAAAAUUGACAACGACAAAUUCACGUACGUUGGAAGGAAGUUUGGACUACGCUAGUAUAGAAAAUGAAUGCUGUAAUUCUAAUGACGGUGCGCAAGAUAUUAUGACUUUUAAAAAAUUUGAUAAUCAACUUCUGUCAGAAUUUUUUUGUACUAGCGAAAAUGAUGCAUAAAAUACGUUAGAUUUAUGCUAAAAUUUAACAAGUAUACCGAUCGCUUUGUAAAAUGUGUUCAUUGUUUGAAAAUAAAUUUACUACCUACAUAUCAAAA